GCGGCCUCCUCUCUUGGCCUCGCCUUGCCUGGGCAAGGCCGGCCCGGGCGGCGCUGUGAGGGGGCGUGACGGGGCGGGCUGCCCGCUGCCGGCCGCCUCUGCCCGGAUAAGACGGCGCUGCUUUCCCGCCGGUUUCCCUCGCCUUUCCCCCCCGCUCCUUCAUGGCCUUCCGGCGGGUCGUCGCGGUGACAGCCGCCGCUUGCGGGCUGGCGGGCGGCACCGUCCUCCUGUCUUCGGUCGCCAUCGGCAAGCAGCAGCCGCAGCCGGCGGGCAAGGCUGGGGGGGACGUUCCGGAGCCCGUCUCGGCGCCUCCACCCGCCGCCUCUCCGCAGGGGCUGCUGCUUCUGCCUUCGCCGGCCGCUUCUUGCCCCGCCGCUCCUGGGUGGCUCGAGAGGAGCAGCAACGGCUGCGGCUACUGGGACAACAACUGGGACAGGAGAGAACCAGUGGCUCUUAUUAAUCUGAAAAAGAAAAAUGAGGAGACCGGGGAACAGGAGCUCUCCUCUCGUCUGCACCACUACAAAGCAAAAGCUACUAGGCACAUAUUCCUGAUACGCCACUCGCAGUACAACUUGGAUGGGCAAGUGGAUAGAGACAGAACUCUGACUCACCUGGGCCGUGAACAAGCGGAGUUGACAGGGAAAAGGCUAGCCAGCUUGGGACUGAAAUUUGAUAAAAUCGUACACUCCUCUAUGACCAGAGCUUCUGAAACAACCAACAUCAUCAGCAAGCAUCUUCCGGGGGUGAAGAAAGUGAGCACUGACCUGCUGUGUGAGGGAGCUCCGAUUGAGCCAAACCCUCCCAUCUCUCACUGGAAGCCAGAAGCUGUGCAGUAUUAUGAAGACGGGGCUCGCAUCGAAGCUGCGUUUCGAAACUACAUCCAUAGAGCUGAUGUGAAGCAGGAAGAGGAUAGCUACGAAAUCUUUGUCUGUCAUGCCAAUGUCAUCCGGUAUAUAGUAUGCAGAGCGUUGCAGUUUCCUCCCGAAGGCUGGCUUCGGAUGUCUCUCAACAAUGGCAGCAUUACUCAGUUGGUGAUCCGUCCUAGUGGCAGAGUGGCACUUCGAAUGCUCGGGGACACGGGGUUUAUGCCUCCAGAGAAAAUCACACGCACCUGAGUGAGCAAGAGGAGUGUCUUUCUGGAGCCACCUGGAGAUUGUCUCUGCCCACACGUGUCACCUUGGUACAAAGCUGCGGCUUGGUAAGAUACUGAGUUUCAAAACUCUGCUUAACAUAACGGCUACCCCCCGCCUCACUUCUGCAUCAGCACGAAGGCCUUCCAACAUGGAAAAGGGCACAAGUGGAGAGAUGGCACUGUUGACGUGUUCCACCAAGUGCUGCCGUACAUCCUCUGGUCGGCUUGCUGGACUUUCCUGCUCUAUCGAAGUGAAUGGAGCUACUGCACCAGUCCGU